AUGAAUCUCUCUCUCUCUCUCUUAGGAAUAUCAAAUAAUUUAAUAAAUGAUCUAAGUUCAUCGAAAUACAUGACUAAUUUGGAUAAUCUUACAUCAUGCUGUAAUCAAAUAAAAAAAUUAGAUUCGAAUAUGUUUAGUCAAGCAAAUCGACUUGAAUGGAUUGAUUUAAGUUAUAAUCAAAUUCAAAUUAUUGAUUCUAUGGCUUUUAAUGGAACAAUGGUUCUACAUUUAGAUUUGGCUGGAAAUCCAAUUUCAUCGAUUGAAACUAAUUUUCAGGAAGUUAAAAUGAAGCAAAUUCAUUUCUCUAUACAAUGUCAUCAACAAUUUUAA